UAAUAGUUAUAUCACUAGCAAAAGCCUUGGAGUGCAAUGUAGUAACUGAACAUUAACAAUUAGAUGUUCGUCGCUAUUCCCUUCUUUUGAUUUUAUCGAAGUGCAAAAGUAAAGAAGCCGAGGGUGUAGUAUCUUCUCAAAGAAUAAUUUUCAGCGAAUAAUGAUCAUUUAAUUUGAGCAAAAAGAUAUUGAAAUGCAAAUAAUUCAGAAUGUAAAUAUGUACACAAUAAUUUUUCAUUAGUUUUAGAAAAAUAUUUUAAAUGUUGACCAAUUUUAUUUGUCAUAUAAGAAAGAGUACUGCAAUAGCUCUCCACCUUUUCUUAUUGCUUUCUGUAACACACGAGGCUUGUUCUACUCGCGUAAACAGCAUGGCGGUGUGGACUGAAUCUCUUGGUGAACAUUCGGAAAUUGCUAUUGUUACGUCAGUAAUAUCGUCUAUGAUACUUGUAAUCGUUUUUCUUCUUCGUCGCCACGAUGAAGAUAUUUCUCGUAUUCAAGAUUCAGAUUGUAACAUUGAAGAGAAAGUUUCAAAAACUAACCAUCGGAAUAAGAAAAAGAAGAAUUUAUCUACUAAACACAGUAACAUGAAAGCCCAGUACACUCAGCCUUGGCUGCUUUCGACUCUCAAGAGCCACAAUGGUAACAUUCUUGAUGUGAAAUUAAAUAGCAAUGAAAAAUAUUUGGAUUCAUACAAAGAAGGUGGACAGAAUUCAGAGAACCAGGAAAAGUGUCAUAAAGAAAAAGCUAGGAAGAACUUUACACGUGCAAGAACUAAAAAAUCCCGGCAUAGCAGUGCUCUAAAGAAUGCUCACAAAUGUAACCCUUCUAAUAAAGGGGAAAAUGAAAUCAGUCAUCAGCCUAAAUACAUGAAUAACAAACUGCUCUCUCCACUUCAGAUUUACAGGAAACUUAAAGUAGACGAAAGUGAACUGUACCAUCGAUUGUAUUCUUAUAUUUUGUCAAAGGAAGAACAAAGAAGGAAUGGUUUUCCUGUUAACCUACCAGAUGAUUCUGGUAGGUUGAUCAUCACAAAUGGUUUUCCACUUCCAUUCAAGAAGGAUGUUGUUGACCCUACGGAACGAACAUGCUGCCGAUGUCGUGCCAAAUUUUAUAUCACUACAGAUGGGGAGUAUCAGGCAAAUGAAGAAUGUGUAUAUCAUUUUGGUAAAAAACAAAGCUCUUUUGAUGGCGGUGUGAAACAAGUAAGUUAUUCGUGUUGUGGAGGACAACUAGCUGCUUAUGGCUGCAACAAAAGUAGAUUCCAUGUCAGUGUUCAAAACCAUGAUACAGUUGAUGGUUUUCUGAAAACAAAAUUGAAGAACAAAGGCAAGAAAAUGGGACACUAUGGGAUAUAUGCCCUAGACUGUGAGAUGUGUUUUACACUCAAGGGUCUAGAAGUCACCAAGGUAAGUGUUGUGGGAGUUGAUGGAUUAACGGUGUAUGACUCUCUGGUGUUACCAGAAAACCCCAUUAUAGAUUAUAAUACCCGUUUCAGUGGUAUCACUGCUAAUGACAUGCUGAAUGUCCACACUACCUUGACUGAUGUUCGAGCAGUAUUACUGAAGAUGUUUAACUCUAAGACAAUUCUUGUUGGUCAUGGAUUGGAUAAUGACCUCAAAGCUUUGAAGCUUAUCCAUGAGACUGUGAUUGAUACUUCCAUCCUCUUUCCUCAUUACUAUGGUCUUCCAUUCAAGCGAUCUCUCAAAUCUCUCAUUAAAAGCUAUUUGAAAAGAACUAUCCAAGAGAAUGGUUUUGGCCAUGACAGUGUUGAGGAUGCUAGAGCCUGCAUGGAGUUGGUUUUAUGGAAAGCUAUAAAGGAUUGGCAGGCAUGAAAUAAUUUUAAGAACUCUUUAUCCACUGGAUUUCUCUCUAAAACUUUCUAUGGAUUAUUUGACCAAUUUACUAUUUCGCAAGUCCUGAGUGUUUGUCUUUCAUUUUAAUAACAAACCAUGAUUUUAUUUUUGUUUAUAUAUGUGACACUGUUUUUCGCUCCACUGUAACCAUUCUAUUUUGCCAUCAUAGUACACAGAUACUUGUUCUUGCCAAACUAGAAAUAAAAAGUGCAAGGACAGACUCUCAAAGAUGAAAAUAAUAACUUGUAGUGUAAGAGAGAGAGAUUUUUUAAAUCGUAUUCAGAAAAUUAAUUUUUUUCAGGAAAACUUCCAGUUCAAUGUGAUUAUUCGAGAAAUGGUAAUUUACCCGAUUGUAACCAUAUCAUGUAAAUAAUAAUUUUUAAGCAUUUGGUAGGAAGGAGAGAUGUCAACGUAAUCAUCUAAACUGUGUUACUAACAUGAUUUUUUUUUAUUUUAUGCUAUUAUAAGCUUAUCAUCUAAGUGUCAGUAUUUAAAUUUUCAAUUUUAUUUGGGACAAAUGCAGUUUGAACCAUGUGAUAUAUUUUUAUGAAGUGUGUGAUUUUAAUAACUUAGCUAUUAUCAUUUUGCACCAGUGGUUUCAAACUUGAAAAUAGACAAGUUUUAACUGUGAACUGAUUCUGAAAUAUCUAGUUAGCUCACAAUUUAAAUUAAGAAACUUGCAUAUUCAACAAUCAUAAGAAGCUAUCAUUUUAUGUGUAUUUUUAAAUGUGUGUUGGCCAUAAUCAUGAAGCUGUUUUGUACAAUACUAUUUGCUCACAGUGUUCUGUUCAAGUACAAGUAGAACAUUUUGUAAUUUUUACAAGCAGUUUUAUAGGUUAUGGUUUUAGUCGAUUUCAGACUGUGGAUUUUUCUAGCAGUUGUCUGUAAAUUUUGUACUUUGUUUACAAUUUUUGUACAGAUUUAAGUUAUUUACCAAGUUUCUCUAAAGAUUUGAGGAAAUUGUUAAUGGCAAGAAAUCUUUAGGAUGGAACUGGUUUGGUAUUUAAAUAUUGUUUGGGAAAGUGAUGUGAGGUUAAGUUGUAUGUUUCUUUAGCAACUGAUAACAAAAUGGACAUAUGAAUUUGGAGAUAAGAACACUGGAAAACUUGGAGUUUUUAUGGAGAGAUUUUAGAGUGAAAUAAAACAGUAGGUUU